AUGGAGCAUGAACCAAUCAACCUCCCCUCUGAUGUUCUUGUCUCAUUCGAAAACUUCUAUGAAUCCUAUACAUCAAACUCAUUUCCUCUGCAACCAGACUCUCCCUCCAACUUCAACCCAGAAAGACUGCUCCAAAUUGAGUCAGAAAUCACCCAACUGUUGGACUUCGACAUUGCGAUUGCAUCACUGCCAGAGGCACAAGACUCCAUGGAAGAUCUUGAAACUGGCAUCAUGGAAGUUGUCGAAACUGGCGUCAUGGAAAUUGACCCGCUUUCGGACAUUAUGUUUCAUGGUCAAGAAGAAGCGAAUGAGGAAGACUCUUUGGGUGAAGAACAUUCCCUUUUGAGGGUAAUCCAAGAAGAGUUGAUGGAAGAAAGCAGCCUGACUGAUCUUUUACUGAUGGGAGCUGAAGCUGUCGAAUCGCAGAACUGGCCUGUGGUUUCUGCAAUCAUCUCCAAACUGAAUGACAAUCUGUUCAAUCAAGAAAAUGGGAACAGCUCGUUUAACAGAUUGGCUUGGUUUUUCACUCAAGGCCUUCACUGGAAGAGCAUCAACAGUCCUCUCGAAAUGCCGCCUCAGACUUUCUCAAGGGGACCAAACACCAUCUCCGCCAUUCAGAUGAUCCAAGAGCUCUCCCCGUACAUCAAGUUCGCGCACUUCACGGCCAACCAAGCGAUCCUCGAGGCGACCCUGGCAGACCGGGAUGUCCACGUGGUCGACUUCGACAUCAUGGAGGGGAUCCAAUGGCCGCCCUUGAUGGUCGACCUAGCACUACGCGACGAUGCCUCUCUGCAGAUCACCACGAUUGUCACCGACCCAGAUACUGAAGCUUCAAUCCGACAGACCGGAAGGAGGCUCAAGGAGUUCGCGGACUCGAUCGACCUCAGGUUCACAUUCGAUCAGCUCCUAAUCCAGGAAGAAGAGGACUUCAGGACUAUCCACCAAGCAGGCCACACAGUGAUAGCGAACUGCAUGGUCAACCAACUGCACAUGCCUGACAAGAGCCUCUCAAUGGUGAGGACAUUCCUGGGGGGCAUGACAACAUUGUCACCCAAGAUUGUUGUCCUGGUGGAAGAAGAGCUGCUGAAUUUCGCCAAGGCCUCAUCUUCCUUGUCCUUUGUGGAGUUCUUCUGUGAGGCACUCCAUCACUACAUGGCUCUCUCCGACUCGCUGGUGACCGUGAGCAGCUUCGCAGGCCGGUACGAGAUGUGCCUCAAAGUGAUAGAGCAGGAGGUGCUGGGGAGGAGGAUUCUGGACAGUGUGAGGCAGUUCCCUUGCGAGGAAUUGGAGAGGAAGCUGUGGAGAGAUGGGCUUUGCCUGAAGGGGUUUAGGCCUGUGCCUUUGAGCUCAAGCAAUGUGGCUCAAGCCAAGUACCUGGUGAGUGUCUUCAGUGGGGAUUACCGGGUGCGGUGUGAGAAGUUUAGGUUGGCUCUGUGCUGGAAAUCUAGGCCAUUGACAACAGCUUCCAUUUGGGCUCCAAUUUCGAGAGCUGUUUGA